AUGACGGACCAUGCGAACCGUACAGAGGCCUUCUCGAAAGAGAAGGCCCUGGGAGAUGAGAAGGGAAGUAAUGAUGCAAAUAUUGGCUCGACCCUUUCCCCAGAGCUCAAUCUUGAGUCUGCCAACGAUAUACCAUUGACGGUUGCUACUGUGAGCUCAAUAUCCCAAGAGCAACAAAAAAGCGAUUCUCAAACAGCUAGGCGGAACAUCGGGGCACCGCAGGACACGGGCAUUGCUGGCAAACAGGAACUUCCGACGAGCGAUACCCUCUCUAACAAUCAAGUGGGGAAGCAGGAUUUUAUAUCAAGAACACCCUUGUCCCUUUCUAGAGAAAUGACGGGUGGUGAUUGGGAAUUUGUGGUCACAACUGAAUCAGAUUUGACAAUUGGAACGCAAGCGAAGCUAUCGUGUACCGACGGCCAGCAAAAUGCACAGUCCGGUUCAGCACGGCAGCAUUUUAGGGAGAUCAAUAACGACGGGGAUGAGGUUGGUUCCUCGACUUCCGUGGAAAGACAGCCGGGAAACAAUGUGCAAGACUCCAGCUACGCGGAACAGACACCACUCACUGAUGACCUUACGUCGCAGUCCGCAGGUGCGAUAUCGAGCGAGGAGACACAUCAUAGCAUGGUUUCGCUGGCUGCUGAGUCUUAG